AUUUUUCCAUCCUUUUGCCAGAAGUCCCCCUUCCAAAAGCCAAUCAGAAGCUGUGCUGUGGUUGGUAAUGGUGGCAUCUUAAACAACAGCUCUUGUGGUGCCGAAAUUGACGGGGCUGACUUUGUUUUCAGGUUAAAUUUUCCUCCACUGAACUGGACGAAUGACGUUGGGACAAAGACCGACCUUGUCACUUCAAACCCAAGCAUCUUAAUUAAUAAGUUCAGCAGUCUCACCGAGAUGAGGAAGCCAUUUAUCAUGAUGGUGCAGGAGUAUGGCUCUCCUUUGAUCCUCCUACCUGCUUUCUCCUAUUCAGCAAACACAAAGGUCUCCCUUCGGGUGCUCUACACUAUUGAGGACUUUGACUUGAACAGCAAGGUUGUCUUCUUCAACCCGAACUAUCUUGUAAAACUGUCUGCUCACUGGGAAAAAAGAGGACUCAAGUUUGUCCGUCUUUCUUCGGGACUUAUGGUGGUGAGCAUAGCAAUGGAAGUUUGUGAGAAAGUCACUCUUUAUGGCUUUUGGCCCUUUUCCAAAGAUCUGGAUGGCCUUCCAAUCCUUCAUCACUAUUAUGACGACGUUCCACCAAAGCCUGGCAUCCACGCGAUGCCUGAUGAAUUUUAUCAAUACCUACAAAUGCACGUUCAAGGGUCUCUACGUCUGAACCUGGAACAUUGCUAA